AGAAGGGUUUCACGGAAUCAGCUGGAACUUCUACCAAAAAGGGAAAAAAGCGCAACGCUAAAGAAAAUAUUGCAACUAAAGAUUUUGGUAUCGAGUACGCGAAGUCCGGUAGAGCAGUCUGCCGUGGUUGCGACCAAAAAAUUUUAAAGGAUCAAGUACGCGUUCGAAAAACCGUAUAUGACACAGAAGUUGGAAUGAAGUAUGGAGGUCAAGCAUUGUGGCAUCAUGCAGAGUGUUUCGCUCAGCUACGUAGCGACCUUGGCUGGUUUGAUAAAGCAGAUUGCCUUCCGGGAUUCGAAAGCAUUAAAAAGGAAGACCAACUUGACGUCUUAAAACUUUUACCGGCUAUAAAACUCGAAACUGGUUGCGUGUCCAAGAAACCUAAAAUCGAGGAUGGUUCUAAGGAAGAAGAAGAACUCUAUAAACUAAUAGAAAAACAGUCAAAACUUUUGUUCAAACUGCGUGAUUUAGUAACAGAUGAAAUGCAGAAAAAGGACAUUAUUUAUUUGUUGGAAUACAAUAACCAAGAUCCAGUAACAGGCGAUUCUGAGAAACUUUUGAAUCAACUAUCAGAUAUGUUGGCUUUUGGAGCUUUAUUGCCUUGCUCUCAGUGUAAUGGACGGCAGAUUUUGUUUAGCAAGUCCGGCUAUUUAUGUAAUGGACAACUAACAGAGUGGACAAAAUGCUCAAAUCUUAUAAAAGAUCCAGAACGAAAACCUUGUAAUAUACCAAACAAUUUGAAGGAAAAGUAUAGCUUUUUGUUGAAUAUUAAAAACAAAACUGAACAUCGCAUUGUUAAAUAUAACCCACCCAGUGUCGAGGUUAUUGCCAAAAGUGUACAUACAAAAGUACAAAGUGAAUCAACUGA